UGAGCCCAACGGUAAAACUGGCAAGCUUUUCUUCUAUAACGAUGAAGGAUUUACUAACAGAUGCCAAUUUUCCCAAAACAGCAGAUGGUCGUGUCUAUCACCUUGGUAUAAGAGCUGGAGAAGUCGCCAAUCGCAUUGUUACCGUGGGCUCGAUAUCUCGCGCCAAUGGUAUUGCAUCGUUAUUAGAUCCUGUCCCGAAACCUUUCUCAUUAUACUCCGAGCGUGGCUUUCUAACUAUUACUGGGCGAUACAAAACUGUCCCAUUGUCAAUUAUAUGCAUUGGCAUGGGAGGGCCCAACGUCGAUUUCUUUAUUCGGGAAGUGAGGGAAUGUAUCGUCGGAGAUAUGCUUGUAAUCAGGUUAGGAUCAUGUGGCUGUUUAACAGACUUACCAGUGGGCUCUCUAGUUGUUCCAAAGGCUAGUAUAGCCGUGACAAGAAAUCUGGAUUUCGACUUUGUCGCUGGCAAUUCUGUGAAUACGAAUACGGCAUAUCGGUUCAGUAAAGCUGCAUAUGCUGACCCAGAACUUCAUAUCGGGCUCUGGAAAGCCCUUGAGGGCACACGCCCUGCCUCAUCCCAGACCGCCAUAGCUUCAGACGUUAUGAAUGCUUCUGCUGACAGUUUCUACUCUUCUCAAGGAAGACAGACCUCAUUUCCGGAUCAUAACUAUGACCUCAUCGAGCGCUUGAAGGACACUGUGCCAGAGCUGGUUAGUCUUGAAAUGGAAACGUUUUACAUAUUCCAUCUCGCCUCCAGCUGGCAUGGUCGCAGGAUUCCUGCUCCUUCAAUGCCACCUCCUUUAGCCACCGGUCCAGUUACCCCAGCAAUUACCUCGCCUGCACCUCCCUCUGAACCUAGUAUUCCCAUUGAAGGGAGCGCUAAGGCAACAAACUCGAGAAUAAGAGCUGCCGCUGUCCACAUGGUGUUUGCGUCUCGCACAUCGCAGGACUUCAUCUCACCUAUACAGGUAUCCGAGAUUGAAAAGUGGAGUGGGCGAGGUGUCUUGGAGGCGCUGCGCGCUUUCGACGUUCCUACCGAUAAUUUACAUCCUGAGAAAGGAACUGUAUGGGCACUCCAUUAGGUACACCAGGAGUAUUGUACAAUUUCUGAGAAUCUAGUAACUCAACGCUUGUCCCGGCCUUUCAAGCACAAUGUAUCUAUGGCCAGUCUCCUUC